AUGGCCGACACUCCGGUAGUUAACCUCCUCCAGAAACUGAUGGAAAUCCCGUCUAUCAGCGAGGAGGAGGAAGAAAUUGGCCUAUUCAUCGAGGAGUACCUAACUGGCCUUGGGUACACGGUAGAACUAAUCCCCAUUGAACCAGGCUCGUCUCGUCGCAAUGUAUACGCGUACCUGGGGAACAAUCGCAAGGCUCGAACGAUGCUGACCUCGCACAUGGAUACCGUUCCACCACAUAUCCCGUUCAGCAUCAGAGAUAACAUCAUUUACGGUCGCGGCGCGUGCGAUGACAAGGGUCCGAUGGCUGCACAAAUCGUUGCUCUCGAGGAGCUCAGGGCCGAGAAUGCGGUCAAGGACGGCGACGUCUCGCUGCUCUUCGUCGUGGGCGAGGAGAAGGGAGGACCGGGAAUGCUGGCGGUAAACAACAUGGGCCUCUCAUGGGAGACUGUCAUCUUUGGUGAGCCGAGAGAAGGAACGCUGGGAACGGGCCACAAGGGCCAUUUCGUCUUUGAGUUGUUCGCAAGGGGGAUCCCGUGCCACUCUGGAUAUCCUCAUCUAGGGAGGAGCGCGAAUGAUCGGCUCGUCUCGGUCCUGCACGAGCUGGCCUCGCUGCCGCUGCCCACCUCUGACCUUCUCGGGCCUACGACAUAUCACUGCGGCAAGCUCGAAGGCGGCCUGGCUUACAAUGUUGUGGCUGCCGAGGCCUAUGCGCUGUGCGGCAUUCGCGUGUCUGCCGACCUCCCCAACAUCGAGAAGCAGGUGGCGGAUGUUGUGAGCAAAUAUCCCGACAUCGAACUGAAGAAGUCCUUUGCGUACCCGGAGACAAUGCUCGACCAUGAAUUCGAAGCUAACGCCUUCUGUUGUCUGGAAGGGAUCGAACACAAGCCGGUUUCUGGGUAUCUUGUACCGAUUCUUUGGGACCGUGUCCCGUCUCGUACAUUACUGACAGAAGUUUCCCAAGAAACCAUGCCCAACACUUUGAUUGAAAUUGCUGUCCUGGAGCGAGACGAGGCCUUUGCCAUCACGGCCGACUUUAUAGCUGACCAGGACCCGAGGAAGGUGAGCUUGGGCGCUGGAUAUCUGCCCAUCGGCGGACAUGAGCUCUUUCUGAACGUAGCAAAGGCACUUGUGUUGGGGGACGAGUACGACCACUCGCGCAGCCACGUCGUAUCCGUCCAGACCAUCUCUGGCACGGGGGCCAACCACCUCGGCGCUCUGUUCCUGGCGCAACAGGUGCAGCCGCGGAACGUCUUCAUCUCUGACCCAACCUGGAGCAACCACCAUCUCAUCUGGCAGAUGGCUGCACCGGCCGUGGCGAGGAGGACAUACCCCUACUACGAGCCCUCUAGCCAAUCGCUGGACUUCGAAGGCAUGAAGAACACACUAGAGAGCGAGGCCAAGGAGGGCGACGUGGUCAUCUUGCACGCGUGCGCGCACAACCCCACGGGUAUCGACCCGACCAGAGAGCAAUGGCGCGAGCUCGCGGAGCUCUUCCUGCGCAAGAAGCUGUUUGCCUUUUUCGACUCGGCGUAUCAGGGCUUCGCGACGGGCGAUGUCGACGCCGAUGCCUGGGCCAUCAGACACUUCCACAAGACCCUCUUCGGCGGUGGCGGUGGCGGCGGCAGUCCUUCACCGUCGACAGGCCGCGAGGGCAGCCCGGCUGGCAUGUGUGUUACUCAGUCUUUCGCCAAGAACUUUGGCCUGUACGGCGAGCGGGUGGGCGCGCUUCACCUUGUUCUGCCUCCAGAGGCCUCGCCUCUUGGCCCACAGAGUCAGCUGCACCGCCUCAUCAGGGCGGAGAUCUCCAACUGUCCGCUCUUUGGCUGUCGGAUCGUGCAUACAGUGCUUUCCAACCCAGAGCUUACAGCAAUGUGGAAGCAAGACCUGCACACCAUGGCCAGCCGCAUCAGGAGCGUGAGAGGCAGGCUGCGGCAACAGAUUGAACAACACAAAGGGGCUGGGGACUGGGCGCACCUCGAAUCCCAGAUUGGAAUGUUUAGCUACACCGGACUCACAGAGCAGCAUGUACAGAGGCUGCGAGAUGUCCAUCAUGUCUACCUGAUGCGGAAUGGGCGAGCCAGCUUGAGCGGCGUGAACGAGGACAAUGUCGAGUACGUGGCGGGUGCAAUCAGCGAGGUUAUACAGGCUCUUGGGUGA